CAUAGCGACCUAUACUAUCGCGAUCCGGCGUUGUUUGGCAGGCAGUCUACUGUAGACCGCUAUAUUGACCAGAUUGCUGCCGCCUUCGCAUUACCUAGGUCGUGCCUCAAUGUGACUGCUGGAGUGAAGGGCCUGAUGGCCGGUGCCGCUGUGGUACACAGGCGAGACGGCUCGAAAAUCGACCUUAAUACUGUGCAGAGCAGCAUUCUUGUUCCAAACAUGGAAGAAGUCCUAUCCGUGGAUCUGAGCCGGGUCAGAUGGGUGCUUGUGAUUGAGAAGGAGGCUGCGUUCCAGUCAAUCGCCUCGUCUCAAGAAUGGCAGGAGAUGAUGUGGCAUGCUGUUCUCGUCACCGGGAAAGGAUAUCCAGACAUAGCGACAAGAGCAAUGACUCGCUUCAUGACGGUGGCUUCACCCCAAAAUGGCUUUGCGGAACCCCCAGUCCUUGGUCUUGUAGACUAUGACCCAGACGGUCUGGCCAUAUUACACACAUACAAACACGGUUCCAAGAAAAUGUCCGAGGACAAUGCCGCGCUUAUCGUUCCGAGGAUACAAUGGCUAGGCCUACACAGUCGAGCCAUCACUGAUGAAGACCGCACCCAUCGUAACCAAGGACUACUGGCUUUGACCUUGAGAGAUCGCCACAAGGCAAGAAAAAUGCUUGAAUGGGAGCAGAAUGCCAGCUCUGACGAAAGGGCACAAUGGCGUCGAGAACUGCAGGUAAUGCUGAUGCUGAACCUCAAGGCAGAAAUGCAGAUUGUCGAUUCUGAUUCAUCAGGUCUGAUAAACAUGAUCAAGAAUGCUGCAUACGGUGAUACUUCCAUGUGA